CCAUGCAAGGGCAAGGCUACGUAUAGCUCAGCCCUCCAACAGACAGGGCUUCAGAUCCCAGCAGCAGCCCCGAACGCUGGACCACAAACCUCAGGAGCUACAGACUGACAUCCGGUUGACAGCAAGCUCAGAAGCUCUGUGAGGGACAGAGAACACAGCCAUGUCUCACGGGUUUAGUAAGGAGCAGGUGGAUGAGUUCCAUGCAGCUUUUGAUAGGUUUGACAAGAACAAGGACGGCCACAUCAGUGUCGAUGAACUUGGUGACGUGAUGAAGCAGUUGGGCAAGAACCUCUCAGAGGAAGAACUGAAGGCGCUCAUCUCCAGAGUGGACACAGACAACGAUGGCACCAUCAGCUUUAACGAAUUCCUGGAGGCAAUGGCCAAGUACAAGAGAGGGAGCACCGAGCAGGAGAUGCGGGCCGUGUUCAGUGUCUUUGACCAGAAUGGUGAUGGGCACAUCACUGUGGAGGAGCUCAAGCAGGCCAUGGCUCAGCUGGGAGAGACGAUUUCACAGGAGGAGCUGGAUGCCAUGAUCCGUGAGGCUGAUGUGGACCAGGAUGGGAAGGUGAACUAUGAGGAGUUUGUGCGCAUCCUCAGUGAGAAGUGAGGCUGCCAGCGUGCAGACCCCACCCGAUCUCUAUCUGCCUCACUCAGGCCCAACAGGCACUGCGCCUUCUUUCUGGGCUCCGCUUCUGUAUUGGUGUAUGGGAAACUACCUCAUGAAUGAGAAAGACUUUACUGGUCCUGGAUGCCGUGCCAUCCGAGGCUGCUCACUGGUCCCCUCUCUGUCUGCUGAGACUCUGGGCAAAGGAUGUUCUCCUUUGGGCUGGUCCCUCUUCCUCCUGUUGUGGAUCGGGUGUUUCCUACCUCUCAGGGCUCUCAUAAUGGUUUAAAUAAAAGGAAUGCAAAUUC